UUUUCUCGAGCCAAGAAAUUUUUUUUUCUGUGUGCGUUUACAUUUAUAUCAUAUAUUUUCAUUACAUUUUUUUUAAAACAAAAAACAGUAGCGCAUGUUCACAAAUGAAAUCGCAUGCGCGUGAUUGUUUAAUCAAAGACUUCACCCUCCAGGUCAUUGUAUAAACCGUCUUAAAUAACAACCGACAAUGUAUUUAGUUGAUAACGUAAUAAUCGUAAAGUGAAGGAAGAAUAAUUUAAGUAAAACUUUAAAAAACUAGUAAAUAAAAUAUUUAAAAAGCGUUAGAGUUGUCGGGUGCAAUGACAGCACUCACUAAUCGAUAAAAAUAAUGCGAGUAAAGUUCGUGAGAACUUUGUUGGUAUUGGCGUUACUCGGUAAUAUAAUUGUGUGGCAUAAGAUAUGGUGGUUAUUUACAUCACAAAAUACAUUGAAAACAUCAACGGGGACCACCGUCUCGGUGGACAAUCCCCAGAAACUUCAUCGGCGAUUAGCGCGAUUAAUAACAAUAGUCAUACGACAAUUUGAAACAUUUGAAAAUGACGUUGCGGCAACUGUAGACUCCGUCCUUAAUUCAUUUCCUGCCAUGCCCAUCCUUAUAGUUUGUAAUGAAUUACCUUACCCGCCACUCGAGUUAAAUUUUUCAAAUGAUAGUUUAAAUAAUGUUAAAUUAAUAAAUUUACAACCGGAUUUCAAUAGAUCAUUCGAAGAUAGAAAUCCACUUUAUUUUAUACAAACUAAAUUCGUGUUGUUUCUACCUGAUGCUACAAGAAUGUCAACUAAACAGGCAUUACAGGAAGCUGUAUUACAUGCAACAGAAACAGGUGCUAUAGCAAUACCAGUUGGCAAAAAUAGUUUAAAUUGUUUAGAGUUACAUGUUAAACUGAAAGAAUGGAAUUUGCGUGUUACCAAAACAACUGGUACUACUUGUGACGCUAUUACUGGUAAACAUGCAACUCUAAUUGAUACAAAUGCAUUAAAAAAAUUAUCUGAUCCAUUCAUGUUACCGUUUUUGGAUGCAUUGUACCUUCAAACAACUGUUGCUAAUAUCAAAAUCAAUAUGAUGAAGAAUCAUCAAUUGAAUGAUGGGAAACCAUUGUUUCGUAGUCAACAAUCGCAAUGGAAACUCCAACAGCUUCAUCAAAAACGUGAACGUCUGAUGUUUGAUAAAUUAGGAAUUAAAAAAGUAAUAAGAGCAUCUGGUACUGUUGAUUGGUACGGAUGUUCACGUGAUACACCGCGUUGUUUUGGAUCAAUAGUUAAUGGUGUACCAUCGUAUUUAUAUCAAAAUCGUUUUACACCACCCUGUUGUCUCGCUGGUCUACGUAAAGUUGCGCAUCAUGUUUUUGAUAAAUUAGAAGAAGUGGGGAUAAGAUUUUGGCUUGAGGGCAGUUCGUUGUUAGGUGCUAUGAAAAAUGGUGACAUUCUACCAUGGGAUUAUCAGGUUGAAAUAGGUAUCAAUCGCGAUGAUCUCAAUCGUUCCCCGUGGUUAGUUAAAGCUCGUAAUAAACCAGUCACUGAUAAUCACGGCUUCGUUUGGGAAAAAGCGACUGAAGGUGAAUUUUAUAAAGUUCAAUAUUCUAAAAUAAAUCGUUUACAUGUUAAUUUACUUCCAUUUUAUGUUAAAAACGGUACAAUGACACGGGAUUCCUGGUUUUUAAAGAAUCGGGAUUUUCCGGAACAAUUUUUGCAUCCAAUGUCGAGUAUCGAAUUCGCGGGUAGGCAAGUGCCUAGUCCUAAUAAUAUUAGGGAUUUUUUGGAAAUAAAGUAUUAUAAGGGUGUUGUCGAGAAUCCAGAACUGCCUGGUAAAUUAUUUAAUUAAUUAAUUAUUAGAUUUUAAUAAUCAUAAUAAUAGUUAAUUAUUAUUUUCAUUUUAUUAAAGCUCCAGUUAUUUACAUGGUAGAUUGUGUAGUUAAACUUGUUAUCGAUAACUAUUCCAUAAUUUUUUUAAAUAUUUAAUGUGUCAAGUUUAAUAUUAUAUAAAUUAUUUACGGUCGAUGGUGCCAAUAAUAUUUAGUAAAGUAUGCAAUAGAAUGAUAUCGAUUUAUUAAUAUCCUGGUCAUUUUGCUGAGUUUAAAUAAAACAUUUUUUGACCACUUACUUACUUAUUGAUAAUAAUGAAAAUAAAUUGUACAAUGUUAAUUUUCCAUUUGGGUGAUAAUAAUAAUUAUUAAG